ACGACACUCCGGCGACUCCGACAGCACUCCGGCGGCGACUCAAAAGUAGUUUUGAUAAUUAGUAGGUUUUGGCAAUUGAUCGGUCCGAAGACUCAAAAACUCACCCGCGAAAUUGAUCUCAAUCGAACAAAAGCCGACAGAUGCAAUUUUAGGUAAUUCAUAAACAAACAAGUGGUAGAGAGAGAUGCAGAAAUUGGGAGAAUUCAAGCUGCCCAACUUCUUCAACUACCCGCCGUACUUCACCUUGCAGCCAGUUAAGGACACGCGGGAGAAGCAGAUUCAACUUUGGAAGGAGCUCAUACUUGAUUACUGUAAAACCCAAAAGGUUUUUAUAGUUGAACCGGAAGGAUUUCCUCUGUUUACAAAUUCUGGAAUUGAAAGGUCUCUAAGCCAUGAAGCUAGGGAAGUGUUUCUCUCAACCUUAGUUUCCGAAGGACGUGCAGAAUGGAUGGACAAGGGACAUAGGAAAUGUCUUAUCCUCUGGCACCGCAUUCAAGAAUGGGCUGAUUUAAUUUUUCGCUUUGUGAAAGAUAAUGGCUUGGAAGAUAGCGUUAUGACAGUUGAGGAAAUUCGUUCAGGGACUGAAUCCCGUGGCACAGACCUUCAUGGGAUUGACCGCACAGUACUAAUGCGAGCUUUGAAGCUAUUAGAACACAAGGGGAAGCUCGCAAUCUUCAAAGGAACUUCAGCUGAUGAUGAGGGCGUGAAAUUUUCCAUCUAGUGCUCUCCUCCGUUUCGGUUCAACUAGCGUUUGAUUCAUGUUUGCUCUAUGUAUACUAGUGUAAUUUUUUUAGUUGAUUAUGUUCUCUAUACAUUAUUGUGAUUUCGGUUGAUGACCGUCUGAUCCAAUGGAAAUAAGUGGCCUUGUUUGUUUGA